GUAACUCUAAAUAAAACUAUAAAACUACCGUCAGGUGACAAGACCAGCCAUGUUUUAGACAACAAACCUGUCUGAUUAGCUAUGGAUCCUCGUUCUAGUGCCCAGGAUGUGCACCGAUGUGACCUUUGUGAGACCGCCAUAGUACACAGCUACUGUGACUUUUGUCAUGUCAACCUCUGCAAGCCCUGUGUAGUAGAUCACAUCUCUGAUGAAUAUGAUAAACACAAAAUUGUCCGAUUCCAGGAUCGAAGAUCAACCUUGAUUUAUCCAAAGUGCGUUACGCACCCACAUAAAAACUGUAAAUAUCAAUGCAAUAAUUGUGGCAACAGUUUUAUUUGUUCCUCUUGUACUGCAUCUGUACAACAUAGAGGCCAUAUAUUUGAAGACAUUUUAGAUGUUUACAAGGCGAAAAAAGAAGUUAUUGAAAAGGAAACAGAGAAGUUACAAAAUCUUAUUACUCCUAAAUACGAAGAAAUUGCACUCGACUUGAAAAAUCAGCUUGCUAGCCUUGACAGGGGAUAUGAGAUACUUACAACAGUAAUUUCCAAACAAGGAGAGCAAUGGUACAGAGAAAUCGACAUCGUUAUAAACAAGAUAAAAACCGAAUUGAGCGAGAUAAAAGUGAAACACAAAGAGGUUUUACAGAAACAUUUAGAUGAAAUCAAACAGACGCAGUCUCUCAUAGAUAAAGCGUUACUGACAAUGAAGGAAACUAAGGAAUCUACAGAAGUAUCUCCAACCAUUGAAUACAGUUCUAAGAUCAAAGAAUUCAGCAAGAUACCACUUAAAAUUACGGUAAGAAUGCCAACGUUCAUUCCAAAAUCAAUAGACCGUGAAAAGCUGUAUAAGUUAUUGGGACAGAUCACCCCAUUAUCUACUGCCACAGAAGAAAAUGCCCAGUCGCCAAACCAACCGAAACCUUCAGUCAGGGAAUUAAUGAGGGAACCUGUUCUUAUUACCACAAUACAGACGGGGCAUUCCUUUACAGGGAGUGUGGCAUAUGGAAGUGAAGACAAGAUAUGGUUAGGUGGAUUGUCCAAUGAAAUAAAAUGUUUCAACAUUAAUGGGUCACUGCAUCAAACAAACACCACAAAAUCGGGAAGCCUGCCUAAAGAUAUAGCUGUAGACGCGAAUGGAGAUCUUCUGUACUCUGAUGAAACAUCAGAUACAGUUAAUAUACUAAAGAAUGGUCAUACAAAAGAGUUGAUGAGAUUACAGGGAUGGAAACCUAAAAAUCUGUGUGUCACCUCUACUGGUGAUCUCCUGGUUACCAUGUACAGUAAUGAUAAAAGACAAUCAAAAGUUGUCCGGUACUCAGGAUCUACACAGAAACAAACAAUUCAGUUUGAUGAUGAAGGUAAGCCUCUGUACUCGGGAAAUAAAAAAGUUAAAUACAUCACAGAGAACAGAAACCAUGAUGUAUGUGUAGCUGAUUUUGAGGCUGGUGCAAUUGUGGUGGUUAAUCAGUACGGGACACUUAGAUGGAGAUACACCGGUCAUUCCUCAGUUACCAAAACUAAACCAUUUUUACCCCGUGGUAUCACAACAGACAGUCAAAGUCGUAUCCUGACAGCAGACAGUGACAACCAUUGUAUCCACAUUCUGGAUCAGAAUGGAAAGUUUCUCCGUUACAUUGAUUACUGUGAUCUGGAGGAUCCUUUUGGUUUAUGUGUGGACAAUAAUGACAAUCUGUUUGUGUGUGAGUUUUUCAGUGGCAAUGUCAAGAAAAUCAAAUAUCUACAAUAGGCAAACAUUUUUGACAGUGUUUUAAUUAACUUAAAAAUAUCAUUGAGACAUAAAGACCUAAUCUUUAGUGAAAACUAUUUCUAUAUACAAAAAAACGUUACAACAAAUUCUAUUUUACAAAAAAUCUUUGCAUUGUUAAAUAUUAAAUUUUAAUACUGAUUUACGAUCAAGCAAUGAAACGAUAUCUUCUUGAACAAUUUUGCUAUCUUUAAGUUGUUAUUCACAAGGAAAUCUGAUGUAUUGCAAUGUUGAAUAUGUUUAUAUUAUGUAGAUAAAUGGAA